CUCUGGAAGUUCAGCCGACGGACACGGGCGGGUCAGACCGGCCUGUUUACUGGUGCGCAAACUUGAGUUACUUUUGCGCGCGGAUCGUAGCAGCGCCGCCGCGUUCCGACCUAGCGGUUUGCAGGGGCGUGGCUAAGGUAGCUGACCUAGUGUCCUGUCUUCCUUCCGCUGCUGGUUUCCAGAGCGAAAGCUUCGGAGCGGCCACUGGACGCUCACUGGAGCAGGCAGCAGCAUGCAGCCGCUGCCAAGCCUCUGCGGAGGCGCCCUAGUGGCCCUGAUCUUUGCAUGCUGCGUGGCGGAGGUCCAAGGAGAAGAGACGGGAUUACCGAUGGCUGGGGCCACCCCGCUACUUCUGGGGACCAGAGAGAUAACGACGCCCCCGUCUAAGCUCUCCUGGCCGACGAGGUCCAACACCAGCGUGCCCUGGUCGUCAGUACCUCCGCAGAUGCCUAAAGCAAGGAAGCCGGCUGGAGCCCCGCCUCACACUCCCCGGUGCGAGGGAUCCAUUGAGAUCAAAGAGACUUUCAAGUACAUCAACACCGUGGUGUCUUGCCUAGUGUUUGUGCUGGGCAUCAUCGGAAACUCCACACUGCUGAGAAUCAUUUACAAGAACAAGUGCAUGAGGAACGGCCCCAAUAUUUUGAUAGCCAGCCUGGCUCUGGGAGACCUGCUGCACAUCAUCAUUGACAUCCCUAUCAAUGUCUACAAGCUCCUCGCCCAGGACUGGCCCUUUGGAGUUGAGAUGUGUAAGCUGGUGCCUUUCAUUCAGAAGGCCUCCGUGGGAAUCACAGUGCUGAGUCUGUGUGCUCUAAGUAUUGACAGAUAUCGAGCCGUGGCCUCAUGGAGUCGGAUUAAAGGAAUCGGGGUUCCAAAAUGGACAGCAGUAGAAAUUGUUUUAAUUUGGGUGGUCUCUGUGGUCCUGGCCAUCCCUGAGGCCGUGGCUUUUGAUAUGAUCACCAUUGAUUACAAGGGAAAUAAUCUGAGGAUCUGCUUGCUUCAUCCCAUUCAGAAAACUGCCUUCAUGCAGUUUUAUAAGACAGCUAAAGAUUGGUGGCUCUUCAGCUUCUAUUUCUGCUUGCCAUUGGCCAUCACUGCAUUUUUUUAUACCCUGAUGACCUGUGAAAUGUUGAGAAAGAAGAGUGGAAUGCAAAUUGCUUUAAACGAUCACCUAAAGCAGAGACGGGAAGUGGCCAAGACAGUCUUCUGCCUGGUCCUGGUCUUCGCCCUCUGUUGGCUUCCCCUUCACCUCAGCAGGAUUUUGAAGCUCACUCUUUAUGACCAGACUGAUCCCAAAAGAUGUGAACUCUUGAGCUUUUUGUUGGUAUUGGACUAUAUUGGCAUCAACAUGGCGUCCCUGAAUUCCUGCAUUAACCCAAUAGCUCUGUAUUUGGUGAGCAAAAGAUUCAAAAAUUGCUUUAAGUCCUGCUUAUGCUGCUGGUGCCAGUCAUUUGAAGAGAAACAGUCUUUGGAGGAAAAGCAGUCGUGCUUGAAGUUCAAAGCUAACGAGCACGGAUAUGACAACUUCCGUUCCAGUAAUAAAUAUAGCUCGUCUUGAAAGAAGGAAUAUUCACUUAAUUCCAUUUUCUUCCUUGUGGACAGAAGUCAUUAAAGCAAUGAGGCAUUUGCCAAAAGAAAACAAACUGUGUGUUUGCACAAAACAAUGUAAGAAUUUAAGAGUGAUCAUUGAGUUACACGUGACGUUUUUGUAAGCUGUGUGCAGAUGGAGAGGAAAAGCAGUGACAAUUAAGAAAGCUUCCUUGAGAAGGCACUUAAUUUUUGACAGUCAGCAUUUGAAUGUAGUGCUACAUAACUUCCAGCAUGUUCCUACAUUACUUACAUUUAAGUCAAUCUCACUCAGAAUUUCUAUUAAAGAGGUUUAUUUUUAAAUUAAUGUGAAUCUGACAUCAAGGGAAAAUGGGUCACUGUAAAACAGGAUUUUUAAAUGAAGUUUAAAUCACUUAGUUUAAAAUGUUCUAAAAUCCUAUUAAAAACUCUUAUGAAUAGUGUCACCCCAUUGGAUACAAAAUGUAUAAGCAGUUUAGCUGGUGAUUUUUUUUUUACAUUAGAGACAUUUAAAUGAUUAGAAGGGAAUAUCAGAGAGAGGGAUCAAACUUUUCUGAAAACCACUUCAUUUUCUACAUUCAGGAAAUACCCCAUGCUUUGUGGCAGAAAGAGAGAGAAAGCUCAGAAUGCUGUGCUAAAAGACUACUUUGAAAUCUCCCAUUUAAAUACUCUGCAAAGAAAAUGCUACCUAUAAUGUUUUUCAGGAAUAUUAAAACAUUCUUCCUUUAGUAUCACUAUUGCAGUUUAAACACUACUUGUCGGUUUUCUCAUCUGUAAAUACCCUGCCACGCCAGCACAGCAUGUAGGUGAUUAAACUGAGGGCAGGUCCCAGGGCUCCUACCCUUGCAGAGGGGGAUGCUGGUAGCCCCACCACCGACAGAAUGUGAGUUGCCUGGAGCAACGUCCACAUGGCAGAGGAAAGGGCAGCGUCCGCUCCCACCCAUGCUGUCGUUAAAAUGCUCCUUGGCCUAUGUGUAAUAGGAUAGUUAAAAUACUGUUUUUUAAGAUCACACUAAUUAGGCAAUUUAACAGCUACCCGUAAAGCUUAUUACUAAUUUUUAUAUUAUUUUUGUAAGUAACUAAUAGAAAUAAGUUCUCAACAUGGUGCUUUUCUGUCACAGGCAAAAUGUUUCUUUGAGAUGGUAAGAACCUCUUACUUUGUGCAUUCUUGCCUAAUUCUUUCAUCUCCCUAGCAAAGUGCCUUAAGUUAAUAGGACAAGAUGUGUGUGAAAGUGCAAGAGAAAAAGGAAGAGGGAGGAAAUGAGGUGGGGGGGUAGCAGGAAACUCACGGGGACAGAUUCCCAUUCUUAGCCUGACACUCGUCAUUGCCCCGUCACAUGGAUGCAAAAGUUCCUGGUGCUGUUCCAGCAAACACAGCACAGGGUUCCCAGAGUGACUUCAGGGACAAAUUGGGCCCAAGAGCUUUCACUCACUCUUAAAAUAUAACAGAGUUUCUCCUUCUUUUUCUUUUGCUAACCCAGGGCCACAUGCUGGAAAUAAGCUAGCAAUGUUGUUUUCUACCAGCAUGUAAUAGACGAUUCAGUAAACCAAAAUCCAACAGUGUGGCCGAAAUGAAAGGACAGUAAUUAACUCACCUGUCACAUGGAUCUACUUGCCACUCCCCUCACAGCUUGUUUAUCAAUUUCUUCCCCAUCACUGUUUCAAUUGCCUGUCAUCACAAGAGAUAUUUCAAACUUUGGAUUGUAAGCAAAAAUCAAAAAAUAUAUAUUAAACUAAUAUUUUUAUAGUUUGUUAAUAUAUUUGUAUUUCUAUUUAAAUUUUAGCUCAUUUUUUAAAAUCAUGUACUGGGUUUUGGUUUUCCCCCCUCAUUUACAUCCUUAAUACUUUAUCUUUCUCCUGGUCAGAAUUGAGGUCUGCAGUCAUCUUGCCAAAUUUUGAGACUGUGCAUAGAGUAUACAUAUGCACUAUUUAUCAUGAAAUUGUGCUCAGAAGCUUUUCUAAAAAUGUUUGGUUCAAACUUUUAGCAUUCUGAUAAAGGUUGAUAAUGAACGAAUGUAAUUUCCUGGCAUAAUUAAGAUCAAGAUAGGAAAAGGUACCACUGUUUAAUGUUAAAACACAUUUCCUAGUAUUAAGAACUAUAUAAUAUAGCAACAGACAAAAAUAGUGUUAACAUGGACUUUAAAAGGUAAAAUACUUAUAAACAAUCUUAGUUUGUUUUCUCCUUUAUACAUUGCUAACAGGGGUUCAUGUUCAAACACCUUUCAGUACUGACAGCUUACAUAUGGCCAAAGGAAUAUAGUUUAUAGUAAAACAUAUGUAUGCUGUAGCUAACUUUAUAAAAUUGUAAUGAUCAUGUAAAAUAAUUAUAUCUUUUGUUGUUCUGUGGUCACUUAAAGUGGCAACUUCUAUAGUCAUGGAUUCCUUAUUAUGCAAACAAAGUCAAUAAAAUUUAAAUUGUUAAAAAAUAA